UACUACAGUUUGAUUCGCUAAGGCCUCCUGUUUCACAACCCUAGGGAACUAACCAAUGCAUAGACGGUGGCCAGUUUUACGAGGCUGUAUCAGGUAAACACACUGCACCAUGGCAACUUUGGAACAGACCAAGGAGAUCUUCCGGCGUGCAGAUGCAGUUUGCUUUGAUGUGGACAGCACGGUCAUUCGCGAGGAAGGCAUAGACGAGCUGGCCAAGUUCUGCGGAGUCGGUGAUGCAGUAAGGGAAAUGACUUGCAAGGCCAUGGGUGGGACAGUUACUUUCCAAAAAGCUUUGACAGAUCGGCUGUCAAUCAUAAAGUGCUCCAGGGAACAGGUCAACAAGCUUUUAACUGAUCAUCCUCCCCAGUUGACUCCAGGUAUUAAGGACCUUGUUGACAGACUACAUGAGAGAAAUGUGAAGGUCUUUCUUGUCUCUGGAGGAUUUCGCUCGAUCGUUGAACACGUCGCCAGCCAGCUCAGCAUUCCACAUGACCGUGUCUAUGCAAACCAACUGAAGUUUUACUUCAAUGGUGAAUUUGCUGGGUAUGAUGAGACUCAGCCCACUGCAGAGUCUGGUGGCAAGGGCCGGGUCAUCUGCAUGCUGAAGGAGAAGUAUGGCUUUGAGAAGGUGGUGAUGAUUGGAGAUGGUGCCACAGAUCUUGAGGCCUGCCCUCCAGCUAGUGCCUUCAUUGGGUUCGGGGGAAAUGUCGUAAGGCCGCAAGUGAAGGAAGGAAGCCUGUGGUACGUCACAAGUUUUGGAGAGCUGCUGAAGGAACUGGAAAAGAUUUAACCUUAACCCGAAAUGGGCUGCAUCACUUUUUAAUGUUGGACUGAGAUACUGUGCUUAUGUGCCUUUUUUAGUUAUUUUUUUUUUUUCAUGCAAUUUUAGUCAGGUACACUUUGUGUAUGGAGGGAUUGUAAUUGUUACACAAACAAAAGCGUUUGAUACACCUUAAGUUUACAUACAAUAUAAGGAACCUUCAGAAGGAGGUGUUUUAUAAGAUAUGUAGUUGAUUUAUUUUAAUUAACCAUUCCAGUGUUUUAUGGUCAUUUGAGGUAUUCAGUUGUUUUCCAACUGAACUUAUGUGGUUUUGAUACAUUUUCUAAUGAGGACUACUAAACCUACUGCAGUGUUGCAAAUUUUGUUACUGACACUAAAUAGAGAAGAUUAAAGCUUUAAUAUCUAA